AUGUCCGCGCUCUCUUGUCUGCCGGAAAUGACCAAAAAAAAGAGUCGCUGUCCCCUGCGAUUUGACGGUUGUUGUAAGCGUUUCUUCAUCAUUUAUUACAUUUUUUACGAGAUAUAACACAUUUAUUCAACCAAGUGCGGCUAUUGAAGGAAGCAUUUUAGUGUCAGAAUGAAACGAUAGCAGAGUACGAGGAGGAACUUCCUAGAACAACAGAGAACAAGCGACGCUAUUUUCACGCCUCCAAUGGAUUCCCACAGAGCAGACGUCAGUGAAGAACACCUUUUCCCUGGGCAGCAGGAGUGGACCUCCAGCUGGAUAGAGCAAGAGACACCGCAACCCUCUCACAUUAAAGUGGAAGAGGAGGAGCCACUGACCCCCGACUUUAAAGAUACAACAGAUGUGCCACAGCCACCCCGUGUUAAAAAGGAAGAGGAGGAGCCAGAGUGCUGCCACAUUAAAGAGGAAGAGGAGGAACACAGCAUCAGUCAGGAGCUUCAAUGGUUGGAGUUCCCAGUGACUGGUGUCCCUGUGAAGAGUGAAGAUGAUGAGGUCAAAGGUGAAAGUGAGGAGAAGAGAGAGGCGGAGCCUCCAAGCAGCAGCUCAACACAACACAUGACAACAGAAGCUGAUGGAGACCACUGUGGAGGAUCACAAGCAGACAAGCUCUUAGCUCCACUAUCAGAUAGUGAGGACACAACGUCACACUCUCCUGACACUGAUGAUGAAGACUCUAAAGAUGACAACAAAUGCUUUCAGUGUGACAAAACUUUCAGCAGCAAGGCCUAUCUGACUGUGCACAAGAGAAUCCAUACGGGAGAAAAACCAUUCAUGUGCUUUGUUUGUGGCAAAAGAUUCUCUCAGAAGUCCCAUGUUAAAGAACACGCAAAAAUACACACUGGAGAAAAACCUUUUACUUGUUCAGUGUGCGGUAAAGAUUUCAUAAGAAGUCAGUGUUUGAAAAGACAUCUGAGAAAGCACACGGGGGAGAAACCUUUAAUAUGUUCAGUUUGUGGUAAAGGUUUCUCUCAGAAGGCACAUUUGACAGCGCACAUAAAAAUUCACUCUCGAGAAAAACCUUUUAUAUGUUCAGUAUGUGGUAAAGGUUUUAAACACAACCAUUGUUUGAAAAUACACAUGAGAAUACACACUGGGGAGAAACCUUUUUCCUGCUCAGUGUGCGGUAAAGAUUUUGGACAGAACCAUGCUUUAACAAUACACAUGAGAACGCACACUGAGGAAAAACCUUUUUCCUGCUCAGUGUGCGGUAAACUAUUUAGACAAAGUCCACAUCUCAAAAUACACAUGAAAAUACACACCGGAGAGAAGCCUUUUUCCUGUUUAGUUUGUGGGAAAGUUUUCGGACAAAACCCUUCUCUCAAAAGACACAUGAAAACACACUGAAAUGAAAAGUUUUUCUUAAUAAUUUUAGACAAAAUCCACAACUGAAAGAACAUGUGAAAACACACCGAUAAAAAAUGUUUUUUUUAAAUAUAAAAUGAAAUGAAGUUGGUCAAGAAAGAGAAGAACAAAAGUGUGAACAAUAUUUACUAACUGCCAGUCUUCAUAAAUAUCCACUUAUAUUUUUAUACGAUUACGCUUAAUUCAGCUGUGCACAUCCAUCUUGUUGUUCCAUUGUAUUCGUCGUCCUUGAACAAGAAAUGUCAUUAAAUGACGUCCAAAUCCACACAGAGUACUUAUUAAUUUGUAACAGCACCCAAUCAGUGUCCAAUCGGCUAAACAGAAUCAAUAACUGGUGGCGUUUUGCUGAAUUUACUGAGGAAUUUGUGAAUCUGAAACGAUAUAAAAAGAAUGUCAUUGUAAGUUAAAGGCCUACUGAAAUGAAUUUUUUUUAUUUAAACGGGGAUAGCGGAUCUAUUCUAUGUGUCAUACUUGAUCAUUUUGCGAUAUUGCCAUAUUUUUGCUGAAAGGAUUUAGUAUAGAACAACGACGAUAAAGAUUGCAACUUUUGGUAUCUGAUAAAAAAAAAGGCUUGCCCCUACCGGAAGUAGCGUGACGUAGUCAGUUGAACAUGUACGCAAAGUUCCCUAUUGUUUACAAUGAUGGCCGCAUGAAGUGAGAGAGAUUCGGACCGAGAAAGCGACAAUUUCCCCAUUAAUUUGAGCGAGGAUGAAAGAUUUGUGGAUGAGUAAAGUGCAAGUGAAGGACUAGUGGGGAGUUGAAGCUAUUCAGAUAGGGAAGAUGCUGUGAGAGC